GCAUCUGCAACGGUCGUUAGCUGUUUGACUUCACUUGUGUCUGCUGUACAUCCCAAUACAGACAAGGGUGCCUUAGCAGGAGUAUUUCGCAGCAUCGGUGCCUUGGCUAGGGCUGUUGGACCUAUUGUCGCUUCUAGUCUAUUCUGGCUUACUGGUCCAACAAGGUGCUACACACUUGGUGGAAUUCUCCUACUGAUUCCGCUGAUUCUACUGAAACGACUCGAAAAUCCAGUAAAAGAGGAUAAAAAAGCUUUAUAA